ACCGAAGUUAGGGCCGGGGAGGGAGGGUGGAAGAGGGAGCGCUGCCGGAAGCGGCGAGGCGGCGGCGCUGGGAGCCCGCGGGGUGCCGCGGGCAGCAUGUAGCUGGGUGACAGCGACCGCAGCGCGCCGCCUCCGCCGCCGACGGCCGCCUGCCUCGCUGCCGGCGCGGCGGGUCGGGGGUUUCUGUGGGGAGGCGGACGGGGUGGCAGCUUCCCCUCGCCUCACCUCUCCUGUCCCCCCUCUCCCCUCAGCGCCGUUCCUCGGCGCGGCCCCCCCCCUCACCCGCCCGCCCCUUCGCCGCCGGCCGGGGGGCUGUGGCCGUCGCUGCCAUGGGGCUGCCCACGCUGGAGUUCAGCGACUCCUACUUGGACAGCCCGGAUUUCAGGGAGCGCCUGAAGUGUCACGAGAUCGAGCUGGAGAGAACGAACAAGUUCAUCAAGGAGCUGAUUAAGGACGGCAGCCUCCUCAUCGGGGCCCUGCGAAAUUUAUCCAUGGCAGUGCAAAAAUUUUCACAGUCUUUACAAGAUUUCCAGUUUGAGUGUAUUGGAGAUGCUGAAACUGAUGAUGAAAUUAAUAUCGCCCAGUCACUGAAAGAGUUUGCUCGGCUCCUGAUAGCUGUUGAAGAGGAGAGAAGACGACUGAUCCAGAAUGCUAAUGAUGUGCUAAUAGCACCGCUGGAGAAGUUUCGUAAAGAGCAAAUAGGAGCAGCAAAAGAUGGGAAGAAGAAGUUUGACAAGGAAAGUGAGAAAUAUUAUUCCAUCCUAGAGAAGCACUUAAAUUUAUCAGCAAAGAAGAAAGAAUCUCAUUUGCAAGAUGCAGAUACACAGAUUGACAGAGAACAUCAAAACUUUUAUGAAGCAUCAUUAGAAUAUGUUUUUAAAAUUCAAGAAGUACAAGAGAAAAAGAAAUUUGAAUUUGUUGAACCUCUCUUGGCCUUUCUUCAAGGAUUAUUUACAUUUUACCAUGAAGGAUAUGAAUUGGCUCAGGAGUUUGCACCAUACAAGCAGCAGCUGCAGUUCAAUUUGCAGAAUACCCGGAAUAACUUUGAAAGCACAAGGCAGGAAGUGGAGAGACUCAUGCAAAGAAUGAAAUCAGCCAACCAGGAUUACAGACCACCAAGUCAAUGGACAAUGGAAGGCUAUCUCUAUGUGCAGGAGAAACGACCUCUUGGAUUUACAUGGGUAAAACAUUACUGCACUUAUGAUAAAGGAACAAAAACAUUUACAAUGAGUAUAGCUGAAACAAAAUCUGGUGGAAAAGUGAAUGGCCUUGUCACAAGCCCACCAGAAAUAUUCAAGCUAAAAUCUUGCAUCAGGAGAAAGACAGAUUCAAUUGACAAACGUUUCUGUUUCGAUAUUGAAGUAUUUGAGAGACCUGGAAUAAUCACACUGCAAGCUUUUUCAGAAUCCAACCGAAAACUUUGGCUCGAAGCUAUGGAUGGAAAGGAACCAAUCUACACGCUGCCAGCCAUUAUUAGCAAGAAGGAAGAAAUGUUCUUAAAUGAAGCAGGUUUCAAUUUUGUGAGGAAAUGUAUUCAUGCUGUAGAAACAAGAGGUAUUACAAUCCUGGGUCUGUACAGAAUAGGAGGUGUAAAUUCCAAGGUGCAAAAGCUGAUGAAUACCAUAUUUUCUCCUAAAUCUCCUCCUGAUAUGGAUAUUGAUAUGGAACUUUGGGACAAUAAAACAAUAACAAGCGGACUAAAAAACUACCUCAGGUGUCUUUCAGAACCACUGAUGACUUUCAAGCUGCACAAAGAUUUCAUUGUUGCUGUUAAGUCAGAUGAUCAGAACUACAGAGUUGAGGCAGUGCAUGCACUUGUGCAUAAGUUGCCAGAGAAGAACAGAGAGAUGCUGGACAUCCUUAUCAAGCACUUGGUCAAGGUAUCAUUACACAGUCAGCAGAAUCUAAUGACUGUAUCCAACCUUGGUGUUAUCUUUGGACCAACUCUGAUGAGAGCCCAAGAAGAAACCGUGGCUGCUAUGAUGAACAUUAAGUUUCAGAAUGUCGUCGUUGAAAUUCUGAUAGAGCAUUAUGAAAAGAUAUUUCACACUGCACCAGAUCCCAAUAUUCCUCUUCCCCAACCUCAGUCCCGGUCAGGUUCAAGAAGGACAAGAGCAAUUUGUCUCUCCACAGGUUCACGUAAACCCAAAGGAAGAUAUACACCGUGUCUAGCAGAUCCUGACAGUGACUCGUACAGCAGUAGCCCAGACAGCACUCCCAUGGGCAGCAUUGAAUCUCUCUCUUCUCACUCUUCUGAGCAGAACAGCACUACCAAAUGCGCACCCUCACAGCCCAGGGAGAAAUCAGGAGGGAUUCCAUGGAUUGCCUCUCCCCCUUCUUCUAAUGGCCAGAAGGGUUCAGGCCUCUGGACUACAAGUCCAGAAUCCUCAUCAAAGGAGGAUGCAACCAAAACAGAUGUGGAGUCGGACUGCCAAAGUGUAGCUUCUGUCACUGGACAAGAGAAUGCCUCUCCACCAACAGACCUGACCAAAAAGACUUCUUACAGUCUGUCUGGGCUGAAAAGGUCUUCAGCAUCUUCCGUCAGAUCAAUUCCAUCAGCUGAAGGUCACAAAAGCUGCAGUGGAUCUGUACAGAGCUUAUCUUCAACAGAUACCAAAGAUACACCAAAGGCUCCACCAAACCCUGAUUUGCCUCCCAAAAUGUGCAGGAGAUUAAGAUUAGAUACUGCAUCAAGUAAUGGCUAUCAAAGACCAGGAUCUGUAGUGGCUGCAAGAGCCCAGUUAUUUGAAAGUGCUGGUUCACUUAAACAAGUUUCUUCAGGACGACAAGCAAAAGCCAUGUAUUCCUGUAAGGCUGAGCAUAGUCAUGAGCUGUCUUUCCCACAGGGGGCAAUAUUUUCCAAUGUGUAUCCAUCAGUGGAACCAGGCUGGUUAAAAGCGACUUAUGAAGGCAAAACAGGACUCGUUCCUGAGAAUUACGUUGUCUUCCUCUAGUAAUCUUUAGUGGACAGCAAUAUCUUCAUGGUAUCCAUGGUAACAAAUAAUAAGCACUAUGAUUUUUAUCUGACACAGAUAUGGGAUCAGCCCGUUAGCUGAGUGGUAGAUUUCCUUCAGAUACUGCAGCUGCAUGUUACACAGCUCCCUAUCAACGGAACAGAAUGUAAUGAAACAGUUAACAGUUUCUGUACUGAAGACGGUACUCUGUUUAAAUAACUUCCAUUGUUUGCAAAAGGUUGUUCUGUUCUUCUUUUAUGGGUAAGGAACACUAGAGCAAUAAAAUCAAAAAAGUUGCCAUUUAGCUGCAGACCUUCAGGUCCUACGAUGUUGCUCACAGAAGUGUGAAAUUUAGAGGCAAUGCACUCUGACAUUUCUUGCAAUCUAUAGUUUUUAAUAUGGAAAAUUGUAUUUUUUUUCAUAAUGUAAGUGAUGUUUCUAUUGUGAUCUGAAUUCUCCCUUAGAAAACUUGAUUCUAAAAUUUGUCCUAAUCAUUUCAAGUAAGAAAUGAGUUUUGUAAAUCAGGAGUUUUAACUUCUGUUAGUCAUUGAGAUUAUAAUAUGUUAUAGAAUUUAUGCAGCUGAUAAUGAAAUCAGUUUAUACACUGCCUGAGCAGUAAGUGCUAUUUCAAAAUGUGAUAUGUUAAAUGAAUGUUUCAUUCAAAUACUUCUUAGAUUUAUUUCCUCCUUUCUCUAUCAGUACAGGUAAUAUUAACAACUUUUAUUUCUAUGAUACCCAUCAUCAGGACAAUAUUCUCAGUGUAUCUCAGAACUACAGCUGUAGAAAACCAGGAGGUGCUGAAUCUGGAAUGACUGGUAGUAAUGUGAAGUGAGCAGUGAAAAACAGCAGUAUAUUUUGAAAUCUGAGAUAAAUUGUAACUGAGUCCUUUUCCAACUUCGUCCAUCGCAAAUAAGACAAAUGGCCUGUGAAGUAGCUAAUUUUAUAAGCUAUGAAUGCUGAAAGCUCCAUGUAGCAAUAAAAGUAUUUAGUAUUAUUUCUGCUGACUUCUGCUAAGCUAUUUGACAAAGAUUUCUCCCUUUCCACAGAAUAAAAAAGCUUUACUCCUUAAAGGUUUUGUAAAGGCACAUUGAUUGCUCCUGACAGGACUGAAAAAAAAUCCAAACUCAAAAUAACCCAAAGCCAUAAGCAGCUUUCUAAAUCUGAGCAUCUUUCUUGCACACCUUGAGGGAAAACAUGCACUGCUUGCUCAGCUACUUACCCUGCAUGAUUGAAAACCAAGGUAUUUAAGCUCCAUUCUUCGUCAUUAAUGCUGCAGAGAGAAUUCACUGUUUCAUAGACCUAUCUAGGCUUAGAUUCAUAGACCGAUCAAGGCUUAGUUUUUUUCUUCAGUAACAGAAAUCAAUAUAUGUCUUCUGUUGAUUUCUAAGUUGUACACUACUUCCAGAAAGUUUAAGGAAGAACUUCUGCUAGGACUAAAAACAUAAAUAAUAUUUUAAUUGCUUCUUUUUUCUUUCCAUAGCCUUUUUCUUGUUUAAAUUAGAAAACAAGAGUUAUUGUCAACAUAAAGAAGCAGAUCAGAGCCUUCUUGUAUGUAGUGCACGACUUCUGCAGAGCAACUCUGUUGAAAUUCAGGCUGGUGGCAAAAGCCUGCAGGAUCCUCCUUCUUGCUAACUAAAGUGUCAGAUGGUGAUCAGGGGAAGAGAGAGGCUGUCAGAGCAUACUCCCAGAAAUGGUCUUGCUUUUCAGAGGGGGAGUCUGGGUAAGACUGACUAUGGGCAGUUGAGGAGAAACCCCUUGAAUUAGUGACUGAGUGAUCUGGGUUGUUUCUUCAUGCUAAAAAGUUUAAGUCCCAAAUCAUACUGUUUUCAGCUCAUUGUGAUGAAAGGUUGCUCCAGACAUUGUCACAGGUAGUGAAGGCAGACACAUGUGUGCUCAUCUAAUUUGCCCAGAGCAGACGUGAAAGGAAGUGAAGGUCUCUUCUCAUCAACUGAUCCUUUCUUAUUUUUAAGGCAAGCCAAGAUUUCUUUGUGUAAGCUAUGCCUGAAACUGCCAUUGCCCUGAAAAGAUCAGCAUGGUUUUGGUUCUGUUUUUGCUGUAUUUCACAAUCCAAAAACUGCAGGAUGACCUCUUACACCUCUUAGGAGGAAUUUAAUUGUUUUGAAAUUCUUGAGGAACAGUGAAAUAGAAAAUGCUUGCUUUUAUUUGCUUUAGCCUGAUGUAAAAAGAAGGGGGGAAAAGUUAAGCUUAGGUAGUCUCACAGCCUGUGUAUAUGUCUGGGUAUUGUCCAAUAUCGUGUUUUGAAACUUGCUGAUCUGAGUGCAAGCUAGAGGACUCAAAGAUGCUAAGUUCAUGAAAAACGUCGUAAAAAUGCAAAGUUCAUUCACAGAUUAAGUAAGUGGAGUCUGUAAGUGCUAAGGGAAAGGUUGUAGGAAGAGCUGGAGAAGUCCCUGUGGAGAAGAGGUGUUCUGUCUAUUCCCAUGUGUUCAUCUCACAUUAGAAACAAAACUGAAUUGCAGAAGACACCUUCAUAAGAAACUGGAUCCCAUUCGUUCUGCUGCUCACAAAACAAAUCUAUAUUUUCCUCUAUAAGACUCUGCACCUUUUCAGGCUCUUCUUCUGAACCAGCCAUGACGAGCACAUAAAUAAUUUUAAAGUAGCUUAGCUUUAAAAUGGCAUUUCCGUCUGAAAAAGGUUAUGCCCAUUCUUAAUUACAGUUAACCACUCACUCUCAGUGGGAUGAGUAGGGGUGUUCUCAUUUUUUGAAAUAUUUGGUUUUUUCUGUUCCUCUCUUCUGCGGUACAUAACAAGCACUUUCUGUAUAAUCUCACUGCUGGGUUGUGGAUGCCCCAGCUCUUCCCUGACUUUCCAGGAGGGAGUUUAUCUCUACAAGAAGCUGUAUAAUGAACUGGAAAGUUAAGUAACUAGGUGUUCAAAGGCUGAAAUGGGGGAGAGGGCAGCACCAAAGCUUGUCUAGCAAUGAUACUCUCAGGCCUGACCAAACAUUCCUUCUGAUAAUUGCAAAGGAUCAAAAAUCCGUAUAACAUUUAAAUGAACAUAUAAUAUCUUGAUAGUGCCUUAACAGAAAAUUAGGCAAGCUGAACUAAAUUAGUUCAUAGUAUUGAUUUACUGUUUUUUUUUAAUGAAAGUCAGAUUUACUCUACAAGGAAAGGUUGCGCGAUUUUUUUAAUUAUAGCUAUUAUUAUCCUUCCUAAAAGGUUGCAGUUUUUUUCCAAACAUCACUGUAAAACUCAAGGUAGAUGACACGUUGUGAUUGCUGUUUGUUUUGUGAAAAUAAUGUCUGUACCUACAACUUAUGUAAUUAGCCAUGUUUUUAAUUUGUUAAACAUUUUGAUACAUGUUGCAGCACAACAUGAAUCAAAUUAAUAGUGUGAAGGACUGAUAUAUUGUAUGAUAAAUAUGUAAAGUAUAUUAAUAUUUUAUAUUCACACUUUUUAUUAAUGACGAUAAAGAUGAAAAAAUAUUUUUGCUGUAAUUCCUAUGAGAUCAGUAUUAAAACGUCCUUGCCAUAUUUUGGCAUUUAGAGUUCUAUGUAACAAAACUCUUAAAUUAAACCAUAGCUAUCACUUAUGUCCCUAACUAAUCUAUAAAGCUCAUUGUUUGAUUAUGUCUGGAAAAAGAUGAUGCACAGAUUUGCUGAUCAGCACUAUUCUAUGAUAGUAACUUAUUUUCCUUUUAUGUAUUUUCUGGUGCUAAUCUCUAGUCUCUACUUGUAAUUGGAUUGAGUUGUAAUGUGCCUUUAGGAAAGACAUGUUAGGAGUGGAAAAGCUGCAAAAUUCAGCAGUUCAGAGCAAUAAUUACAACAACAACAAAAAAGCAUUGUAUGGCAGUAAUUGGAUUUUUUUUUUUUGUUACAUUUCUUCACUCAUCUAUUUUCUACUUAAUAAGAUUGCAUCAGAAAAAAUAAUGAAACUAAAAAGCAUAUUGUUCUUUGUACUUCUUUUCCUGAGGCAGCAGUUUGUGCAAUUUUGUAUUGAGCAGCAAGAAGAGAAAUCCCAGCAGGGGAGCACAUCCUCCAGACUGGGGUGGAUCUUCUGCACUGAUGGAAACUCGCAAAGCUCUCGUGAAGUCAAAGACAGACCUUUGGCAAUUUAUAGUGAGGGUUUGCUAGCCAGAAGCCCCAGAACAUAAAUGUAAUAUUCUGUUAAUGGGGUAACACAGGAUACAGCUUGGCAUUGUUCGUUCUUUCAGCAGAGUGCCCUGUAUGAAUCAUUCAGUUACCAGAGAUCAAACUAUAGGCAAAGCUCAAUCUUGUUCUUCAUGGCCACACAGCCCCAACAGCUGCUGCUGCUGCCACGGCCCGUCCAGUUACUGCUUAUGCAAAAGUCAGACUGUUGAUCAGGAUGUUUCAGUACAAGUUGGGAGGUCUCUCUUUUUGGAUAAGAUUUUGCAUGGGCUUUGGGAGUUCACUUUGUUUUGUUUUAAUUAGGUGCUUGGUACUAAUUUAAUUAGGUGCAGCUACUAAUUCAGUGUUGUAACUCAGUCACUGAUGAUCAUAGCAUUGUUUUUCUUGUCCUGUAUGUGGCAGUAUUUAAUAAGCCAUUGGAUUAUCCUUGUUAUUUUAAAUAUAGGGAAUGGUGCUUCAACCCUUGGAUGUCUCAGCUGAAAGCUAUUCUGCAUCUGAGCUUUCUGCAAGUGUUUUAUUGGAAGUUGUCCUUAAAGUUCUGGGACUAAAGAUAGCACCGUGAUCUCAGCACUACAAGAGUUUCUGUUAUAGCAAAAGGCAAAGCAGCUGAACAGGGCACAUGGAUAGUUUCAAUUUUCAAUCAUAUUUAUGACAAUUUCGGAGGUAUUAGAGUUUAUAGGGGUUACUUUAGAUACUAUAUGGUAUUUUAAUAGGAAGGUAUAUACAAUCAAUAUAUAUAUUUAAUAAAGUCCUACUAAAUUAUCUUAUUGAACUCUUUGUUUAUUUUGUAGUGUGGUUUCAAUAAUUAUCUGCACUCUGUAUAUAUCUACAUGUAAAUAACAGGCAUGACAUGCAUAAGAUGACUUGCAGACAUAAUUCUAUGUUGUACUUUACACUGUAUUUCAAAAACUUGAAAAAUCAUUUUUCAAAAUAAAAAGCCUUUCUACACA